AUGUCUUCCCAGAUCUCAGACGUCCCCACCCCGUUUUCCCCGCUCGUCAAGCUGCAGUUGCCGUCUCCGGAGGAGUAUCGCAGUCGCAAGGUCGCAUUGAUCUCAGGAAUCACCGGUCAGGAUGGCUCGUACCUUACAGAACUCCUGCUAUCCAAAGGAUACGAAGUGCAUGGCAUCAUCCGGCGUUCUUCGAGUUUCAACACGAGUCGUCUCCACCACCUAUACGAAGACCAGCACGAGCGCCCGAACAAGUUCAGGUUGCACUACGGUGACCUGAGCGACAGCACAAACCUGGUGUACAUCAUCGCGCAGGUCCAGCCCUCGGAGGUGUACAACCUCGGCGCGCAGUCGCACGUCAAGGUGUCGUUCGAGAUGGCGGAAUACACAGGGGACGUCGACGGGCUGGGCACGCUGCGCCUGCUGGACGCGAUCCGGACGUGCGGGCUCGAGCGGCACGUGCGGUUCUACCAGGCGUCGACGUCAGAGCUGUACGGCAAGGUGGUGGAGACGCCGCAGAGCGAGACGACGCCGUUCUACCCGCGCUCGCCGUACGGCGUCGCGAAGCUGUACGCGUACUGGAUCACGGUCAACUACCGCGAGGCGUACGGGAUGUACGCGUGCAACGGGAUCCUGUUCAACCACGAGAGCCCGCGCCGCGGCCGCACGUUCGUCACGCGCAAGAUCUCGCGCGCCGCGGCGGACAUCUCGCUCGGGAAGCAGUCGUGUCUCUACCUCGGCAAUCUGGACGCGCAGCGCGACUGGGGACACGCCGCGGACUACGUCGAGGGCAUGUGGCGCAUGCUGCAGCAGGACAAGCCCGAGGACUUUGUGCUCGCAACGGGCGAGACGCACCCUGUGCGCGAGUUCGUCGAGAAGUCAUUCGCGAUUCUCGGCAUGAAUAUCCAAUGGCGCGGGUCUGGAACAGGCGAGGAGGGUGUGGACGCGAGGACAGGGAAGGUCGUCGUGAAGGUCGACUCGGGAUACUUCCGUCCGGCCGAGGUCGAGUUGUUGCUCGGCAACCCGGCGAAGGCCGAGCGCGUCCUGGGCUGGAAGCGAAAGGUCGACUUCGACUCGCUCAUCAAGGAGAUGGUGGAGGCGGACCUCAAGGCGGCAAAAUCGCUCGUCGAGGACCAGAACUAG